AUGUACAAACAAGACACGCGUAAAAUUAUCAACGGUUUUUUUGUUUGUUUAUGUUUUUGUGUUUAUGUUUAGUUUUACUUUGCUAGUCAAUGUGGACGGACGUAUUUUGUAAAAAGUGAUCUGUUAAAAAAUAAAAGUAAUUACAAUUGCAAUUAAUACGCGUUUUUGCUUAAAGUGAAGAGUGAUUAUAAACAAAUAUACAUAAUAUUUUUUUUAAUUAUUUAUGUACAUACAUCUAUAAUUUUUUUCGGAAGCCACAUAAAGAUGGAAUCUUCAGAAACCGAUGAAUCUACAAAAAAACAAAUUUUAAAAUAUUAUGAAAAGAAUAAAAUUCUUCAUGAGGGUCAUCGCAAUUUACUUAUUGACACGAUUUCCAAAUAUAUAAAAGCAAAGGGUUAUAAAUUAUCAAUUUCGCAAUGUGCUGAUUUGGAGAAGGAAAUCUGUAAAAUUUUUCCUUCAGAAGAAUUGGAAUAUUAUAAUACUGGGAAAAGAGGUAAACUUUACAACAAGAUAUUUAAUUUAAAACGACUAUCAAAAGGUAUUUUCAAGUCUGAAGAAGAAUCUGACACUAACUUGCGUGAUGAAUUAGUUCCGGAAAAAGAUUCCAGUUUCGCUAUUCAAAUUCUUCGAAGUGGACACUAUAGUAACGAUGAAAUGGACUUAUAUUGGAGGAAAUGUUAUCAAUGUAGAUUUAAGCAAAUUAAGGAAUCAAAGUCUACAUCCGAGAUCUUAAAAUUAUGGCCUGAAUACAUCAAACCUUCCGGAUAUACAUUAAUUGACAUCGAUUUUGGUCUUAAGUAUCCACAAGCUAAAGACAUGAAAACUAAGUGGGUUUUAACGGAAAGUAAAUUGUUGCAUCUGCUUCAGUCUAAAGUACCCAAUGUUACCGUUUCAAAAAUGCUAACAAAUUUAAAGUCGUGCGAUAGUGAAUCGAGGAUAUUUUCUAUUCUAUAUUGCCUACAUUAUUUGUUUCCACCUCAGCAGAAAGUAGUUACAGACAAAGCCGGAGCCAAAAUCAGAAAAAAGUUUACCGUAACAGAUUCCCAAGAUUCGUUUGCCAUAGUUGCAGAAACCAAAGAGGAACUGGAUAUGAAAUUAAAACUCCUUAAACUUCAAAAAUGUAACAUCCAACCAAGGUUGCUAAUUCUUGGUGAAAUUGCAAAUGUUAAAGAAAUUUUUGUUUAUUUUGAUGAAAUUAAAUAUCCAAUGGUACAAAUAAUCACCGCUGUAGAUAUUCUAUUUAAAAUAUUCUUUGUGUUUAACUUGGAGUUUCCUAUAGAAUCUGAUUUAUUUUAUAAUUUUAUGCAACAAUUUUUUUAUGAAAUUAAUUCAGAAAAGAAAUAUUCACUGUAAUUAAUGAAAUACUUAAUUUAAAAGAAUAAUGCAAAACUAUAAAACAUUG